GAAACCUUCGCCCGCCGAAGCACUUAUGAAGCUAUCGCGCAUGAUACCUCCUCAACAGAACGCAACUCGCCUACCACCACCGCACGCGUUGGUAGCGCCACCCUCAAUCCAAACGUUGCCACCCGCCCAACCGGCAAUGGUCCUUCCCACCUCUCCACCACCCUCGAGCCAUACCGCCCGUGGUGCGCUGAUUGUCCUCGAAGGCUGCGAAGACGUUACCACGUCCUUGCAAUCAACGAAGCUGCUCGAAUUCCUAAAGAAUGAAGGGAUAAAGGCUUCCCUGUGGAAAUUUCCCGACACCUCGACACCAUCUGGCGCAGCGCUCAAAACCUAUCAGUCGAGCAAUCGCCGAACACAUCCUAAAACCCAUCAUCUGCUCGUUGCGGCGCACUGGUGGGAAUUGAUGCCCAUAAUGAGCGAUCAUUUGCUCAACGGUACCACCCUCAUCGUGGAUCGUUACGUGUAUUCCGCAAUUGCAAAGUCCGCUGCAGCCGGGUUGGACUUGAAUUGGUGUAAGAAUAGUUACGUUCAAUUGAUGAAUCCUGACCUAAUCUUCUUCCUCAACGUGGAACGGGAUUUCUCUGCUGACAAGGAGCAGCAGCUCCCGCAUGUUCAUGAUGUAUUUGGCGGCCCGGGUGCAAAUAGCGAUGGCGUGGCUGAGGAUGGCAGGCGCACGGCAGAAUGGCAAAAAAGAAUGCAAGAUGCGUUUAGUAAAUUGGCGGAAGUUCAUUGGAAGGUUCUGGACGCGUGUAAGUCGAACACACUUGUUCAUGCACAAAUUCUUGAAGCUUCGAUCGAAGUGAUCGAAAGAUGCCGCAAAUGUAACCCAGGCUACGGAGGAAGCGUUAAUAAUAAUUUAAUGACACCGAAUCAAUUCUUACCGCCAAUCGGACCGUCGUCGUCACCGGUUCAACCGUACCCCAUAACCAGCCUAAACAGCGCACCUAAUGGUCAACCGACGGGCGCACCUCAGUCAUCACCACAGCAGGGUUUGCCAUCCAUAGGGAGACAUGAUGGGUUCACUAGAUCAGUUCAUGUGCAAUUGUGA